AUGAUACGAAAUAGAGAAUCAGCUUAUUUAUCUAGGAAAAGAAAAAAAGAACAUGUAGCUCACCUUGAAAAACUAGUCAAAGAUUUAAUUGUAGAAAAUAACGCUUUAAAGACGGAAAAUUCCAAUUUAAGAAAAAAAUUGGCUGAUUAUGAAAGAAUAAAUAAUGUCUCUGAGAAGAAAAUAAAGAAAAAUAUAUUGUCAAAAGCGCCCAAAAAAGCAACAGCAUUAUUUGCAGUUUUACUAACUGCUUGCCUAAAUAUUGGCACUUUUAGUUCUUUUUUAGGUGAUAUUAAACAAAAUAAUAAUGAUAAUAAUGUAUUAGAAAAUAAUUUAGUUCCUCAUUAUUCUCAUAAAGUGAGGCAUACAAGAUCUCUUCUCUGGUCACAAUCAGAAUUCAAUGAUUUCAAUUCGACUUAUAGUAAUUUAUCAAAAACUAGUUGUCCAAUUUUUAUUAAUCAAAGUGAAACAAUCAGGCUCGAAAGUGAAUUGAGGCGAUGGAUUGGAAAAGAUAAUGAUUAUCUCGGUUCUUACAAUAAAAACUAUUCGAAAAUCAAUCAGUUUUUUUAUCCGGAAGAAAAAAUUUCUCUAAAAAAAAAUCGCAUUAAUUCAAAAAAUAGAAAAAGAAUAAAUAAUUCUAUUAAAAAAAGCACAUUAAAAAUGGACAUGUAUAAAUUAAAGCAAAACAUUUGGAAUUUUAAUUCGUUCUUCGAAGCGAUAAAUAGACGGGACGACACGUUCUAUCUCGUUUCUUUUUCGGGAGACCAUUUGUUACUUCCAGCUUUGUCUCACAAUAAAACUUCCAGACCGAAAAUGUCUCUCAUGCUUCCGGCAUUUCUCUCAAACGUAACGUCUCUACAUCCAGAUCAAGUUGAAUUAAUGCAAAUCGACUGCGAAGUAACCAAUACUAAAGUAUUAAGCGUUAACGAAAAUAAUAUACCCGCAAAUAUGCGACCUUAUUCAAAUUCGACAUCAAAAAAUAAAGGCAACCAAGAGAAUUUAUUAGGUUCGAAAAAAAUUCGGUUUAAAUCAAAGAAUUCACCUGACUCGAGUUUUAAUAUGAAUCAUGGAUCCACAGAUGAAAUGAAAAAUAAAAAUAACAGCAUACCCAAAUCGAUCAUUUCUAAAAUGUUAAGACUUCAGUAUUUACCAUUUAAUAUUAAUUCUUCUAUCAAUGCUGUUUUUGGUAAGAAAAAAUUUUUUACAAAAUUUCUUGGAAAUCAAAAUUUUAAGUAA